AUGUACCUGUCAUACUAUUUCGUAUUAUAUGUUUUGCCGUUGUGCAUCUCGCAAAUAACGGUAUCAAAUGAAGGCAAUGAGGCAAUACAAGCAGUAGCAAGAUAUAACAACGAAAUAAGGACUGUGGCUAAUGGCAGGAAAGCAAUCAAAAAAUGGUGCGAAUGUAAGGUAUGCAAUAAACCGUUCAAAUGGCCCUGCGAUCUGGAGAGACAUGAACUGAAGCACAGGAACGAAAGACCAUUUAAAUGUCACGUGUGCAAUAAAACAUUCAAAGAAUUCCGCGUUCUGAAGAUGCACCAUUUGACGCACGGAAACGAACGACCAUUCAAAUGUGCUAUGUGCGAUAAAGCUUUCAAACAGCGUCGCUAUCUGAAAGAACAUAUGAAGGAAGACAACACAUUGGAAUGUUAUAUAUGUAAAAAGGAAUUCAAACGACAUUGUCUGAAAGAACAUAUGAAGGCACAUAUGGUCAUUGAAAUGAUGCUGAAAUGCAACAUAUGCGGUAAAGCAUUCGAAUACAGUUCACGUCUGCAGAGACACAAAUUGAUACACGGAAAUGAACGACCAUUCGAAUGUCACAUGUGCAAUAAAACAUUCAAAGUAUCCCAAAAUCUGAAGAUGCACAUAUUGACGCAUGGAAACGUGCAGCUAUUGGAAUGUAAAGUAUGUAGUAGGAAUUUCACUCAGAAAGGUAUUGAAGCACUUUUGAAAGUGAAUGUCAUAUCAUUAUGA